GAACGCUUCAGUGCAUUCGGUUGCAAGUCGGUGUGUUUUUUAUGUAACACCCAACCCCAUCUACUACCCCACGUGAACCAAAGUUUAUUGACAGCGGAUUUUAAACACUGAUGAACUUUAUACCUGCUCAGUGCUCCAUUACAAAUCCCUGAUACAUCAGAUCAGAAUGAAGCACUCCAACCUAAACCCAGAGGAAUCAAGCCUCUUCCUGGAGGUCUAUAACGUUAACGGCGCUGUGGUCCUUCCUCUGCACUCCUCCAUCGCCCUGUUCCUUCUGUCCUACACUGAGUGCAAGUCUUUCCAGGUCUACCUGCUCUCUGAUCAGCCUGGUAGUGUAGAGGCUUUGGCAGGUUCCCUUCCAAAGAGCCUGGCUGUGUCUGAAGUGAAGAGGGAAGAAGCUCCAGCCCUGGUGGCGGCAUGUCGUCUGCCGGCUGUGCUGGAGCCGAACGGGCGAUUCUGCAGAGCCGGACUGGCUGUGGUGCUCAGACACGUCAUCCAGACGACCUGCCUCCUGGAGCCUCAACGCAGAGAUGUGUCCUCACUGCUGGGCUUCAAGAACACCUGCUUGAAGGCCUGUGCUGAGGUGAGCCGCUGGACCAGGUUAUGUGAGCUGGACAUUCCUUCAGCGGUGGAGGAUCACCUACGUAACCCUACAGAGGCGCGACUCCAUCUUCCUUCUGCUCUUCUCCAGCUGGAGCACCGCCUGGCCGAACCGGUCAAGGUGCACAAUGAUGAUAAACUCCGUCGUCACAAGCUUCAACAGCAGAAGAACUCUGGGAAGAACUCUGAGGGGAACUCUCAACCACCUGAUAGCCAGCAGGAGGAUCCUCUGAACAAGAGCCAGCGUGGAGUGGAGAUGAGUGCAGCUCUGGCCAAGCUGUCUGUUGAUGGAGCUCCACCUGUUCCCACCACCAGAGAGCGCUCUAAUGUAAGGAAAGUGAAGACCACUGAGCUGCCAGAAUUGGAGCAUGUGUUCGCCGAGGGGCUUUACUUCACGCUCACUGAUGUGGUGCUGCUUCCAUGCAUCCAUCAAUACCUGAUCUCUCUACAGAAUCACGCUCCUCAUGUCCUGCUCCAGAUCCCUCUGCUGCUGCGCUGGUACCAACGUCUACAGGAACUGCCAGGGGUCCUGCGUACCGCGAAGGAUUGUGGGAUUGUUCUGUUCAGUCUGCAGGUGCCGCAGCCCUGCUCGACUCAUCCAGAUGCUCCUCAUUGCCUAGAAUCAGACCAGGAAAGUCCUGCACCAUCUCAAGAGCACUUUGUGGGAGGCCCUAGACCCACGCUUAGCAAACUCCAAGAGCAUGGCAUCGAGGCCGUCUUCUCUCCACACCCUUGCGCAGCAUGGACCCUCGACUGGGAGAGUCUGCCUGCUGCUGUCAACCCCACUGAAGGUAAGAUGUCGGUCACUCGAGCUGUACGAAAGCGACAGCAGCUGAACAACCUGGUCGCCAUGGUGAAGGAGCUCGCUGAUCCUGAUCAUACUAUAGUGGACUUCUGUAGUGGAGGAGGCCAUGUUGGGAUUGUUUUGGCGCACACGCUUCCUCAGUGUCAGGUAAUCCUUAUAGAAAACAAAGAAGAGUCUCUGGUUAGAGCGAGACACAGAAGCUCACAGCUCGGGCUUCAGAACAUCAGCUUCAUCCAGGCGAACCUUGAUUACUUCAUAGGGAACUUCCAAGUUGGGCGUGGUCUGGAUAAGAAGGAGGAUAGAUGAUGAUGAGGAAGAAGAUGACAACAAGGAGAAGGAUGAAGAGGAAGCUGAGGAGGCAGGAGAAUGAUAAUGAAGUGGUGACUUCAAGGUUAAGGCUUUGUGCGAUGGCGAGGUUGUGAUUUCAAAAUCGCAGCACCUCGAAUCUUCCACGAUUGUUUCACUGAGCAAGGAGCUCAGCCCAGAACUGCUGUAUACUGUAUCAAGUUGCAGGUGAAGAAAGGACUGGAUGACAUUGAUGAUGAUGAUGAGGAGGAGAAAGGAGAGUGAUGAGUAUGAGUAGCAGACUUAUGAAGCGGAAGGUGGAAUGAAAAGAAGGUGGACAAUGAGGAUGCAGUGGAUGACAGUGGUGGGAUUGUCAGAACGAUGAGGAGAAGAAGGAUGAACAGAAAGAUAUAGAGGAACAUGAGAAUAAUAAUGAGAAAGAGCAGCAGGAGAGAUGAUGAAGAUGCUGACGAGGAGGUGAAUGAUGAUGAGAGAGCAGCAGGAGAGAUGAUGAAGAUGCUGACGAGGAGGUGAAUGAUGAUGAGAAAGAAGGCAGGAGAUAUGAUGAAGAAUCGCGGAGCAGAGAUGCGAAGGAAAAGAAUGAUGUGGAGGAAAAUUAAGUAAAAAAAAGAGGAGGAAGAGAGGGAUGUGGAAAAUGAGGACGCAGUAGCGUAGAAUGAUGAUGAGGAGAAGAAUGAUAAGUAUGAAGAGAAAAUUAUGAUGAGAGGAAUGAGAAAGAAGAGCAGGAUAGAUGAUGCUGAGGAUGAGAUGAAUGCUAAUGAGAAAGAGGAGCAGGAGAAAUGAUGGCAGGGAGGAGGAGAAUUAUAGAGAAAGAGCAUCAGGAUAGAUGAUGUUGAACUGCAGAUCAAAGAUAAGGAGAAGAAGAAGAAUGAUGUGGAGCGGAUUUGAAUCAAAAGAGGAGGAAUAUGUGUGGGAAAUGGAAGUGGAAAAUGUGUAGCAUGAUGAGGACGAGAAUGAUAAAGAUGAACAGAAGAAUGAUGAGGAUGAUGAGAAGAAGAAGGAGGAUUAUGAGGAUGAGGAGAAUGUAUAGGAUGAUGUGGAGAUGCACGGUACAGAGAGAAGAGUGUUCAUGAUUAGAAGGAGCCGCUGGAUGAUUAUGUGGUGUCAGAUGAUGGGGAGGAAGUUGAGGAAGAGGAGGAGAAAGAGAUGGAAGAGGAUGAUGGGCUGUACGUUUUCAGUUUCACCGAAUCAGUGUACUUCAACAAUUAUUAUAGCAAACGUUAAACAAAAUACACAAAGGAUAAAAGAACAUAUAUUCAUCCACUCACUGCGGACUUUAAUAGGAACACCUGCACAUUCUUCCACUUAUCUGAUCAGCCAGUCAUGUGGCAGCAGGUCAGGGCAGAAAAUCAUGCAGCUACAGAUCGAGUUUCAGUUAAUGCUUACAUCUGUCCCAAUACUUCUUUUGCUUUCUUUUUUUUUUUUUUUGGAUCAUACAUGGUUUUAUUUUUUUGAAACAUUCCACUUGCUAUCACCCAAAUUACUUCAUAGCAUUUUUUUUUUGUCUAUUGAAGAGUGUUUUGAUUGCAGAUAUUUUAAAGAACAAAGGACUGCUAUUCCAUUUUUUUUUUUUUUUUUUUACUGACAUUGACAUCUGUGAUUGAGGUAAGAGUGAACUCUAGAGAUGCUGACUAAGGAGUGUUAACAGGGGAUUUUCUCCUCUCAUUUUGUGUUUUUUUUAUAUAUAGUGCAGCGAAAGGAACCUUGAAAAUGACAUAUAGUGAUUUCUUUUUUGCCCAGUAUCAAAGUGAAAGGCGUUGCAUUAGGCUUUUACUACAUUGCAUUGGUUAGAUUCUUGGAAGUUAUAUAACUCAUUAGCACGGAUUGUUAUUGUAAGUAAUGAGGGCACUGCAACCAUCAUGACGAGAUCUUUAUAGAAAUAAACACUGAUCUUGAUUUGCCUUGGAACUGUUGAAUUGGCCCUGGGAAUGUCACUGAUAUUUGCCAUUGUAGUUGCGCUUUCUUUUUAAUGUUGUGUUGAAAAGAUGUUGAUUCCCCAGGCCACAGGGGUUUGUUCAUGUAAUCUACCUUGAGAUUGAAUGGCUCAUUUCUUCUACAGAGCUGAUCGCUUGGUUGAGUUACAUAACAUGAUCAUCACUCGGGCGGCCCUGUGUGUGGCUUUGCUGUUAGUGUUUUGUUGAAUGUCUGCCUUUUUUGUAUGCUCAUUGCCCUAAUGAGAUGUUUCAGCUUGCGCUGUGCUCCAUGGAGACCUGCUCUACUUGGCCUUCAAUCCAAACCAUGUGCUCUUUUUCAGCCUGGCAAAUUGUCUGUCUCUUACCCAGACACAGGAAGUUUACAUCAUCUUAUUUGUGGCUGUGCAUUUGGAUUUGGCAGAUCUCUACUGGGAAAGCAGCACAUAAUAUUUCAAGGUCUAGACUGUAUUUUUUUUUCAUGUGGGUGUCUUUCACAGGAUGCGAGCCAUUGUUUUUUGCAAUAUUCCUACCUGGAUCUAAUGUCUUGCUUCUAAAUUUUUUUUUGUUUCACUUGUAAGCAGAGCUGGGUUGCAUUACUGCCCCACAGCUUCAGGAUCCUUGGUUCCAUCCAGAGCUCAGGUGACCGUCUGUUCUUGCGUGGGUUUCCUCUGGGAUCUCCAGUUUCCUCCCUCCCCCCCAAAUCACUUGUUGUACAGCUAACGUUAAAUUUCUCCUAGGUGUAAAUGUUGCCUUAUGAUGGACUGGUGUCCCAUCCAGGUUGUGUCCCCAUCCUGGGAUACACUCCAGAUCCAACCCGACCCUCUAUCUAACCGUUUUCUAUUUCGCUUCUACUACACAGGGUUGCAGGGAAGCCUGAAGCCUAUCCCAGGGAACUCGGAGCAGGGGACACCCUGGAUGGGGUUCCAACCCAUUGCAGGGCACAAUCACACACACACAUUCACACACAACGGACAAUUUGGAAAUGCCAAUCAGCCUACACCGCAUGUCUUUGGACUGGAGGAGGAAACAGACGAAUCACAGGGAGAACAUGCGAACUCUGCGUGCACAGGGCGGAAGGGGGAAUCAAACCCCCAACCCUGGAGGUGCUAGGCGAACGUGCUAAACACUAAACCACCAUUUGUCUGGUUUUAAUAUUUAGUGUGUAACCAGAGCUCUGAUUCUGCUUGGUUAGUUCAUACAAUGUUGGAUUGCUGCUUGUGCAGUAAAAUAGCGUUAGAAUCUGGAUGAUCUAUCCGGUCUUGCAAUAACACCGUACUGCAGGAUAUAUGUUAGCUGUGCUUGGUUACAUUCUCUCUGGCCUGUCUGUUUAAAUGCUACUGCAGGAGUCAGACAGAGGCUGUUACUUACGACCUCAUCAGGGGUUUGAGGCGUGAAAACGAGUCGCUACAAUUUUUUCUGACAAUCAUACAUAAACUUGUACUUUCAGCUUCAGGCUUGUGUGAAGAUGUGAUCAAACAUAGCAGGAGUGAUGUAUGGGGGGGGGACUGUGGAGCUGUUGGCUGGUGCAGACUUAAUUUGUUGUGGCUGUAGCAUGGUUCAGCAGCAGUGACUGAAGACCUUUACGGUUACAUUUAUUCAUUUGGCAGAUGCUGCUGUUCAAAUCCACUUACAAGGGAGGCAGAAUCUAAUCUAAGUUCUAGGUUGUUAAAGGAAUGCUUCAGCAUUUUUCAACCUAAUCUCUAUGUACCAUUUCUAUAGCAUAUCUGUUUACCACAAGCAAUCAUUUUAACCUGUUUCCUGUACCGAGAAAAGAACAAACAAACAAAAAAAUCAAUUUGCUUGAAACUCAUUUAUAAUGGAAGGCUAAGGGCAGUUGACGCUGCUGGUGAACAUUUAUUUGCAGUCCAAAGUUUUUGAACACUUUGAGUUUUUAAAGGUUAACCACUAUUGGCAAUUAUACAGUAGAAUGAAAAAAAAUUUAAAUGAGUGGCUAUCAAAUACCUGACUUAGAUCAGGGGAGUCGAAUCUUAUCCACAAAGGGCGGAUGGGCAUGCAGGUUUUCACUCCAAUCAAGCAGGAGCCACAUCUGAUUCCACCUGUUUAAUCAGUUGAUCCUGGCUUUCAGUAGACUCGGAUGUGGCUUUUGCUUGGUCGGAAUGAAAACCUGAACCCACACCUGCCUUGUCUGGAUAAGAUUGGACACUCCUGACUUAGACUUUAUUGUGAUGUCAUAUUUUACAUGGGAUUUUCAUUUUUUUUUUUUUUAAUUAUAAACGGUGAGUGAAAAUCUUAGAUUACAGAGGUCAUCAAAGCAGUCAGUUUGGAAAAUAAAAUCAGAUCUAGGAGACGUGUAUUUGUGUAUAUGCUAUACUGCUAUUAUAACAACCUGGCCAGCCACUUCGUUAGGAAUAACUGCUCAUUUAUGCAGUCACUGACUACACUUACACGGACAGCAGUAAUCUAAUUGUUGACCUUAUUCUGAAUAAGAUAAUAUUCUGAUUAAGGUGUUUACAUGAGUCGCUUUUAGAAUACUCCUUUCAUGUUCCUGUUGUACAUGUUAUAGAACAUAGUUAGAUUAACAGCACACGUCAUUACGUCACCGCGCCACGCUGUCCGACGUUCCCUCCAGAAUUUCACGUAUCAUAUAGUUCGUCUUCGUUAUGGAACCGUAUACAGUUUUGGGUGUUUCAUUUUUAAUGUUACGAAAGCUUCAAGUGCAGUUAAUUAUUUGUCAUGCUAUACGUGCAAAUAGACGACUGCUUGAAGCCGUAGGCUGCGUCCCAAACCGCGUACUUACCGUCUAUAUAGUAGCUGAGAUACGUGUAUUUCUCCUACUAUAUAGCAGGUAAGUACAUGGUUUGGGACGCAGCCGUGCUCUCUUGUUUGCCGUUAAACGGUCGAGCUCUGCCGUGUGUGUACGUGUCCUGUCGUAAAAUGCGGUGAAAACUCUCACACGACGUUAAUAGUGUGAUUAAGGCGUGUACAUGUCUGUAAUACACUUCCAUAAUGCGACUAAAACAGGAGUACUCCACACGUCUUAAUUCCAUUUGUGUUUACUUCGAGUAUGACUUUAAUCGGAUUAAGGUCAUCAAUAAUCGCUGUUUACAUGCUAGUUUCUUAAGUUUCUUAAAGAGUAUCGUCUUAAUCGGGUUAAUAUCGCAUUAUUGUUGUCCAUGUAAACGUACUGAAUCAGCCACUCAUGUGGAAACAUGUGCUUCAGUUGAUGUUCAUGUUAAACAUCAGAAUGGGGAAAAAUGUGAUCUCGGUGAUUUUGAUCGUGGCAUGGUUGUUGUUGCCAGACAGGCUCGUUUGAGUAUUUCACAAACUGCCGAUCUCCUGGGAUUUUCACACCCAACAUUCUCUAGAGUUUACACAGCAUGGUGCAAAAAAACCUCCAGUGAGUAGCAGUUCUGCAGGCAGAAACACGUUGUUGAUGAGAGAGAUCAGAAUAGUUUUGAGUUGAGAGGACAGCUAUGUUAACGCAAAUAACCACUCUUUCCAGAACACACAACAUGUCAAACCUUGAGGCAAGUGGGCUACAAUAGCAGAAGACAACAUAAGGGUUUCACUCUUAAACUGCAUAAGCACUUGUUUUUGGCGCCGUGCAACAUCAAAUUUAAGCACAUCGGAAUGGGAUGGUUUUUUUCCUGCUCUUUUUUUUUUUUGCAGGGACUCUCAAUGGAAAUAAAAUUAGAUGAAGUAUUUAGAUGUCCUCGGAAUGAUUUGAAAAACUGAAAACAGCUUAGUUGAUGAAUAUCCGACACCUCAGUGUGAAUUAUCCUUUUGAAGCAGUUACAGGUUUGAGUUGUCACAGAUGUAUCUACGUGAGCUUUGCACAUUUAGAUUGGGCAUUUUUUCUUCCAUUCAUCGAUGCAAAUGUUCUCCAAAAUUAGCCGAAGAAUGUCGUCGGAUGUCAAUUUUCAGGUCAUGCCACGGAUUUUAAAUUGGUUUUAAGUUGGGCUUCGAUUAUGCGAUUCAAAAACACAAACUUCUUUUUAUUUAGUUCUUUUUUCCUUUGUAGUUUUUGCCCUGUGCUUUGGCUCAUUCUGCUGCUGGAGCAUGUAUUUUCACACUAAAUGCAGAUGUCUGGCUGACUGAAACAGGUUCUUAUCAAAAGUUUGCUUAUAUUUGGCUGAAUACACUUUGCCUGCAAUGACGAGCUUUCCAGUUCUUCUGCUAAAAACAAAACAAUCCUAGAGCAUGAUGCUACCAUCACCAUGCUUGACCACAGGAAUGGUGUUUAUGGCUGUAUUUGGUUUACACUAAACCACUAUGCUUUAGCUUUAGUUCAAAUGGGGAAAUUUUUGUUUUAUCAAACCAUUGGAUCUGUGAAGAACUGAUUAUAUUGUUGAGGUCUGCACAGUAAACUCUGUAACCCCUUCACUGUUCUAGCCGGACUCUUAAACACUUCUCUGAUAAUUGCCUUUCUUGCCCGAGCAUUUGUUUUGGCAUGGUCUUGGUAGUGUCUGGGUUUUUUUUUCCCCCCACUUUGUUUUAAUGGAUUUAACAGCACUCUCAAGAAGGUUCAAAGCUUUGCUGAUGUUUUAACAACCUUCUCCUUAUUUUCUCAUCGCUUUACAGGCAGUUCCUUUUUUCUUCAUGACAGCAGGACUGAUCUGAUCUGCUAUUUUAGCUGUGAGAUUUCCCAAACUCAGAUAUAUUCAUUGUGCACGCAUACACUUGGAUACCAAAGUCCUAAGCGGCCAUGCAUUAUAAAUUAUUUUUCUGUAGUUUCUCGUGAUCGCGACUUCAUUUUCUCAGGAAUCUCGACAUAACAAAAGUUGUUUUCUCAUAAUCUCAACUUAAUUUUCUUGUGAUCUCGACAUAAUAAAAAGUUAUCAAAGUUAUCAAGAAAAUCAAGUCGAGAUCACGAGAAAAUAACAGAAAAAAAAAAAUUAAUAACGCAUGGCCGCUUAGGGCUUCCGUACUUGGAAACAAGUGGAUUUAAAAUUAACACGGGUCUACCCUCUUAGUGUUUAUGUUGCAUUUGGUAGCUUUCCAGCAGCAUAUUAAUGAUCUGCAGCAUUAUUCUUUCACCUAAUUAUUAAAAUAAAGAGAUUUUGUGCUUGACAUUGCCUUAAGUUGUUCUGGUAUCAAAGAUUUAACAGCAAAGCUGAAUUUAAAAACAAAGCUCAAAUGCAGUUGAAGCUAAUAAAGAAGUUACAUUUCUCAACAACAACAUUAUCUUUUAUUAUCUUUUAUUAGUAAUAAUUGAUGCUUAAUGCAGACCUCAUUACAGAGCUUUUAUUUUCCCUCUGCAUCAACAGAACUUUUAAUUUAUAUCGAUUAUAUUCCACUUGAGUGUACGAGUCCAAAUAUAAUGUCAUGUAUUAGUUUCCAUAGAGAUGCUUAUUUUGGCAUAACAAAUGAAAUUAUGCAUAUAAGAUGUCCUGUUUUUGUAUACCAAAAAGCAAAACAGCAUUUGUCUGAUCUUCUAGCAAGAUAGCUUUUUUCUUUAUUUUAUUUUGGCCAUGUUUUCGCUGAGAGUUACAGCUGGAGACCACAUACGUAAAAUCAACACAGGGUUGAUCUUUUGUUAGCUGUGGCCUGCGUGAACUUCAGGUAAUUAUGUAGCGAGAAGCAACAUGAUAAGCUCUCCUGCUCUCAUCGAAGAAUUUCUUUUAUUCUGUUACAUGAGUCGCUAUUAUUAGAGAAGAUCUGAUGCACACUGUACAUUACUUUUCCAUUAACAGAUGGUUGAGAUGUUUUCUUCAGUCUCCUUUUUUCCUAGAUGAAUCAGGACUGUAAGAGAGGACCGACUCAAAAAGUUUUAUUAUUUAGCACGAGAGCUAAAUAUGUUCGAAAUGUAGUGUAUUAGAAGGCCGUCAGAACUGAAACAUAAUGCAUUAUGGGGAUGCUCAGCUUCAAAGAAUUGAGCUGAAGUGGUAUUGACUCAUUGGAUCACAGGGUCAUGUGACUUCAAAAUAAUAAUAUUCUCAUUUCACCCAAGGGAAGAAGGGACGUCUGCAGACCGGCUUGUGUAUCUUUGCGUGGUACAGAUUGACCCCAUAUGUAAACUUAUGUAGAUGUUCUAUAUCCCUAUGAACACUGCUCUUAAAUAAGGUAUUAUAAAAUUGAUGUCAGAUGGUUAGGAAGGGCUUGUGUAGGUGUUAUGUAGCUGUAUAAACAAUUUCCUUAAGUAAACUGUUAUGUCGGAUGGUCAGGAUGUAAAUAUUAUAUAUCACUGUGAACACAACCCUUAAAUACAGCAUUAUGCAGUUCAUCAGAUGGUCAUGAAAACCUUAUGUAUGUUAUAUGUAGCCCUAUGAAAACUGCCCUUAAAUAAGGCGUUACACAGUAAAGUGCUUACGUAAGUGUUAUCUAGCCCUAUAAACAAUGUUCUUAAGUAAAAUGUUAUGUCGGAUGGUCAGGAUGUAAAUGUUAUGUAGUACUGUGAGCACUGCCCUUAGAUAAAGGGUUAAGCAGUUCAUCAGAUGGUCAUGAAGGGCUUAUGUAUGUUUUAUGAAGCCAUAUGAACACUGUCUGUGUGUAAAGUGUUAUCCAGUUUAUGUCAGUUGAGCAUGAAGGGCUUAUGUAGGUGUUAUGAUGCCGUAUGAACGCUUCUCUUAAUUAAAGUGUCAUGCAGUUUGUCAGAUUGUUAGAAAGGGCUUAUGUAGGUGUUACGAAGCCCUAUGAACUCUGCUCUUAAAUAAACUGUUAUGCAGUUUGUCAGGUGGGCGUACAGGAAGGGCGUACACUACCAGUCAGAAGUUUGUAGACACUCGACUGAAAUGUUUCUCAAGAUCUUUAAGAUUUUUUUUUUUUAUCACAACAUAGUUCCAUUUGUGUUACUCCAGAGUUUUGAUGACCUGAUUAUUCUUCUAAAAUUUGGGAAAAUAAAGAAAGAAUGAGUGUGUCUAAACUUUUGACUGCCCUUUGAAGCCUUUGAACACUGCCCAUAUGUAUAGAAUUAUGCAGUUUUUGUCAGAUGGUCAGGAAGUGCUUAUGUAGGUGUUGCACAGCCCUAUGAACACUAAUCUUAUAUGAAUUGUUUUGUAACUGUGUAGUUUGUAAAUGUUACGUAGCACGAUGAAAACUGUCCGUAAAUAAAGCAUUGUGCAGUUUGUUGGAUGGUCUCGAGGGGUUAAGUAGAAUGUUGUGUAGUUUGUGUGAGUUGGUCAGGAAGGGCUUGUGUAAGAGUUAUGCAGCCGUAUGAACACUGCACUUACAUAAAGUGUUGUACGGAAUGCAUCAAUGUUUUAAAUCUGCUUCGGGCAACAUACAGGAGGACGAUGCAGGGAGCGCAGCAAUGGGGCAAUGUGAUUUAUAUAUUUUUUUUGUGUGUGU